AUGGCCCCGACCGCCGCCCGCCUCGCCGUCGCGCUCCUGCUCGCCCUCUGCGGCCCGCCCGCCGCCGGCCAGGCCUGCCGCGGCCCCUGCCAGUGCGCCCCCGGCCCCGCGCCGCGCUGCCCGGCCGGCGUGAGCCUGGUGCUGGACGGCUGCGGCUGCUGCCGCGUCUGCGCCAAGCAGCUGGGCGAGCUGUGCGGCGAGCGGGACCUCUGCGACCCGCACAAGGGGCUCUUCUGCGACGUCGGCGCCCCGGCCGCCCGCAAGGUCGGCGUGUGCACCGCUAAAGACGGGGCGCCCUGCGUCUUUGGGGGCGCCGUGUACCGCAGCGGAGAGACCUUCGAGAGCAGCUGCAAGUACCGGUGCACCUGCAUGGACGGGGCGGUGGGCUGCGUCCCCUUCUGCAAAAUGGACGUGCGCCUGCCCAGCCCGGACUGCCCCUUCCCGCGGAGGGUCAAGCUCCCCGGGAAAUGCUGCGAGGAGUGGGUGUGCGACGAGCCCAAGGACAGCACCGCGGUCGGCCCGGCCCUGGCGGCAUACCGCCUGGAAGACACUUUCGGCCCAGACCCGACCCUGAUGCGGGCCAACUGCCUGGUCCAGACCACGGAGUGGAGCGCCUGCUCCAAGACCUGCGGCAUGGGCAUCUCCACCCGCGUCACCAACGACAACGCCUUCUGCAGGCUGGAGAAGCAGAGCCGCCUCUGCAUGGUCAGACCUUGCGAAGCCGAUCUGGAGGAGAACAUUAAGAAGGGCAAAAAGUGCAUCCGGACUCCCAAAAUUGCCAAGCCAGUCAAGUUUGAGCUUUCCGGCUGCACCAGCGUGAAGUCAUACCGGGCUAAGUUCUGCGGAGUGUGCACAGACGGCAGAUGCUGUACCCCACACAGAACCACCACCCUCCCUGUGGAGUUCAAGUGCCCCGACGGUGAGGUCAUGAAGAAAAGCAUGAUGUUCAUCAAGACCUGCGCCUGCCAUUAUAACUGUCCCGGGGACAAUGACAUCUUUGAGUCACUGUUCUAUAAGAAGAUGUAUGGAGACAUGGCAUAAAGCCAGAGAAAGUGAGAGACAUGAAAUCAGUAGGCUGUAACAUGAACUGAUUCACAUCUCAUUUUUUUGUGUAAGCAUGAUUUCAGUAGUAAAGUUCUUAAAUCUGUUAAGGGGGGAGAAAGGAAAAUUCCCACCACGUUCAAACAAAUAGUCUUAUCAACCCCAGACACUGGUUUGAAGAAAGUUAAGACUUGACUUUGGAACUACUCUAUUGCAUGGCAACAGAAUGUAUGGUAAGGUGUGGCCUUG